CAAAACUCUGAGAUGCUUCUCGCAUCUUUGAGCUCAUACUCUCGCAACACACAAAUACGCAUUAAGUUUGAUCAUGUCUGCUGUGGUCGAAGAGUCAGCACCCGCCCAAGCCCCCGCUCCAGCAGCAACCAAAGCGAAGAAGGCAUCUGCGAAUAAGGCAAAACCUGCCGUGACUGCUUCUCCAGCUAAAAAGAAGAAGAAGAAGAGCAAGGGGCCCGGCAAGUACAGCCAGCUCGUCAUUGAUGCGAUCCGCACCCUGAGCGAGAAAAACGGCUCGUCGCUUUUCAAGAUAUACAAUGAAGCGAAGAAAGUGAGCUGGUUUGAUCAGCAGAACGGUCGCAUGUAUCUGCGCUAUUCCAUCCGGGCGCUCCUGCUCAACGACACGCUUGUGCAGGUGAAGGGACUGGGGGCCAACGGCUCGUUCAAGCUCAAUAAAAAGAAAUUUGAGAAAAAGCCAAAGAAGACUGCCACCAAGGCGACCAAGACUGAAAAACCUGCAAAGCCGGCGUCUAAAAAAGACGGGUCCAAGAAAGUGACUGCAAAGAAGAGCGCCAAAAAGACCCCCGUCAAAAAGAAGACCGCGAAGAAGACGAGCGUUAAGAAGGCGACACCCAAACCGAAGAAGGCAGCUGCAAAAAAGCCAAAAGCCCCGGCGAAGAAGGCAACCAAGGCGAAGAAGUCCAAAUAGACUUUUUGUAAAAUUGAAGAUUUUUAUUUUUGUAUAUAGCUUCUUGGACAGAGAACCCAGAGAUAAGAAUUGUUUUUUAUUUUUGAUAUAUUUUGAUAUUUUUGUCGACGUUUAGGUAUGCUGUCAUUUUGAUGUAUUUCUUCUAGAAACGGCUUUAUAGAGACACACCCACUUUAGUUUCUGCACUGCAAGACGUCAUGCUUUUCUGAAAUGGAAGUGACUGUUUCGUUUGCUGUACUAAACAGAAGAACAUUUGGUACUAGCUAACUAGACAUGAAUGCUUUGUGGAUAUGAAACAGUGUUUAAAUGCCUUUCAAUUUCAUAUGAAAUGUUGCUGAACUGCAAAAAACAACAUAUAUGUCAAAUAAGCUUUUUUGAUUUUUAAAUAAAAAUGACUGUAACCUUC